AUGGCACCAUGGUUAUUGUUUGUAAUGUUGGGUGCUGUGUUUUACAUGGGGAGAACAGCCAAUGGAGAACUUAGACAAUUUAGUGAUUUUUUUCAAAGUUGUUUAUAUUCAUUUAAUUUUGUUGUCGAUUGUAGGGAAAUUGAUGGAAACGUGACUGUAGGAGAAGUAAAAGAAAAAUCAGUUGCUAAAAAUAUUUACGAACAUGCCGUUGAAACAAGGCAAAGUGCUGGAUAUAUUGAAGUCAAACAUCGCUUCACAAAUGUCUUUGAUAUAUCUGUUAACGUUGAACCCCAAAAGAAUAUAGUUUACAAUCUAACAUACCAAGAACUUCUGACACGACAAGACUAUAAAUAUAGGCACGUCAUUCAUUUGUCAAAUGGUGGAAUUAUUGAUGACUUUUUAGUUGAGGUUUUUAUUACGGAACCCCACGACAUUAUUGAUUUGUCUGUACCUGAAAUUAAAGGUGAUAUAUUAAUGAAUAUCACCGAUGACACAGAGCUAGAUUCUGCUUCAAUUGUGUACACCAGCAGCAGAGAGGUUCACAUCAAAUACAACCCAAGUCGUAAACAACAAGAAGAAAUUUCAGACAAAGAUGGUGUUGCAGGCUUAUUCAGAGUGGAAUAUAAUGUGGAUCGUCAAAAUAAUUCAAAUUUAAUAUAUGCAGUUGAUGGCUACUUUGUGCACUUCUUCACUCCUGAUUCCUUACCAAGUCUUCCAAAACACGUUGUAUUUAUGCUUGAUGUCAGCGGAUCAAUGUAUUGUUGUAAAAUUGGACCCCUGAAAGAAGCUAUGGAAAAUAUCCUUGAUCAACUCGAUCCAGAGCUUGAUGCAUUUCUCAUUGGAAAAUUCAGCAGUGAUGUCUCAUGGAUGAUGGACAAAUUUUUACUAGCAAACAGUACUAACAAAGAAUUAGGCAAAAAUUACAUUAAGGCACUCCAAGCCGAUGGAUUUACAAAUAUUAACUCUGCUCUCCUUCAAAGUAUAGAGAAACAUAAACCUGCUCUAACCUCUACGAAGAAAAGUAUCAUCGUAUUUCUCACUGACGGAGAUCCAACAGUAGGAGUCACUGACGUCGAACUUAUCAAGAAAAAUGUGAGAGAAGCUAACGAACAGAUUUCAUUAUUCGCCAUUUGUUUCGGAGAUGAUUGUGACAGUAAAUUUCUUCGUGAGAUUGCCACGGAAAACGGGGGCUUCAACAAGAAGAUUUACGUAGACUCUGAUAGUAGUCUCCAAAUUGAAAAUCUCUAUAAAGAAAUAUCUAACAUUUUAUUAAAGGAUAUUACAUUUGUUUACUUAGAUGGUGCUGUUAAUACUAGUACUUCAAAAUUUAGCAGCUACUUCAAAGGAUCAGAAUUAGUUGUUUCCGGUGUUUUGACGCAAGAAUACCUAUCGACCAUAAAAGUAAAUUUAACAAUGACAAAUUUCUGGGGUCGUGAUAGUGAAAUAUUAAAACUAGAAUUAUAUGGAGAUGACUUUACCAUAUAUGAUGACGGUUUUUCGCAAAAUUCCAGAUUGACUAGUAUUCAGUCACUUUCUGAAAUUACCGAAAAAACCUAUGCUUACAUCACCUUGCAGCAACUUCUCAAGGAAGACAGAACAGAAGAAGUGCGACAUGAUAUUCUUAAUUUGGCUCUAAAGUAUAAUUUCGUAACUCCAUUAACAUCAAUGGUUGUCGCCAACUCAAAAGUUAAAGAACAUUUUUUUGAAGAAGAAACAAAACAAAUUCCACGACAUCAUGUGCGAUUUACCACAACACCACCAAUGACUGUUCCCCGGUCAACCAGAACUUCACAAAGAACCCCACGAAAACCACUGCCAAUUCUUUCACAUAUUCCUGCCAUUUUACUAAAGCCAUUAAACUGUAAGGCAGAACUGUGUUUCACUGAUAGUAUUCAAUGCAGAAACCAAACUGAUAUUGUGCUUUUGGCUGACAGAGCAGCAAGUACAGAACUGGCUUUGUGGUGUCAACCUGGCAAAAUCAUUAAAGUGUUGGAAAAAAAAUGCAAUACAAAGACACAAUUUUAUUUAAGAAUAGAUGGCACAGUUUCAGAUACAGUUGAGUCAACUGGGUCUUUGUGCCAUUGUGAUAUUGUGGCACAAAGUGUUGGUGUUGUUAACUACAUCACAGCCUUGUGA